AUGUCUGCUUGUCUUCCAAAGGAAGUUGAUUAUCGUAUUUUAUCGUAUGAUUCACUUGAAAAUCGUCGUUAUCAAUCGCUUAGAAUGAAACAGCCAGUGCCACAUAAUGUAACACGUAUUUUACAAGAACGAUUCGGCCCUGCUGUUUCGCCUCGUGCUGAUCCAUCAAAAACUGUUCGUGUUCAAACAGCCCCAGGAUAUCGAGUACUUGUAGAAAAAAUUCCUAAUCAAGAUCAAACAAUGGUUUCACAACGUUUCAAUAAAUUGAGUCCAUUCGUAACAGAACAUGGCAAUAAUCCAAAUGCUAAUCCUGUUCUUCGACAAUCUGUGGCUUAA